AUGGCAAGCGAAAAAGUCGCGUGUUCGUCUUGUAAAAAGACCACAGCUGGUUAUAUAUGUAGAGGAUGUUGGGAAAGCUUUUGUUUCGAACAUCUGACGGAGCAUCGGCAGAAACUUAGCCAACAAUUGGAUGAAACGGAACUAGAUCGUGACCAAUUUCAACAAAACAUUCAAGACAAAAAACAAAAUUUGCAAAAUGGCUCGUUAAUGAAAGAAAUUAAUGAAUGGGAACAGAAGUCGAUAGUUACAAUAAAACAGACCGCGGAAGAAUGCAGACGAGUAGCGCAUAGUUACAUCAAUAACGUCGAAAAUCAAUUUAUCGAAUUCACUGAAGAAUUAAAACAAGUCCGCCAACACAAUGAAUUUAAUGAAAUUGAUUUAAAUCAGUUGAAGAAUAAAUUACAAGAAUUAAAUAAAGAAUUAAUGAGACCAUCAACUAUUUGCCUGGAAAGAGUUUCAUCAUCAUCAUAUAUUGAGAAAAUUUCCAUCAUUCCAUCAUCAGACAGUGAUCCCUCAUAUUCACCAAGUAAUACAGUACAAGCAACGCUAGAGGCUUUUAAUCAACUAUCAGCGACGCCGUUAUCAUUGUCACCGUCUGCUGUAGGACAGUAUGGAUGGGAGUCACUCACGAGUGUUGAUCCAGUGACACGGAAACCUACUGAGAUCUCGACUGCGUUCUUUAAAAAGCCAAUAAACAAGCUGUUCGAUACUCAAUCGGUAUCAACACCCACGACUAAAAAAGGGUCUCGGACGUCAAUGUUUAAACCGCAAGAUUCUGCUGUGGCUUCCUAUUCUGCAAUUCGUUCGCGCAGUCCACUAAUCCGCAGUCACUCACAGCGAACGGUUCGCCCUGACUCGCCAGCCUAUCGACCAGCAAGUAUAUAUCCACGCUACCGAUUAAAUCCGCAAUAA